CCUCACCUCCCCGCCCCCUCCCAGUUUCGCGUCUCCCAGCCCGACGCGCCCGCUAUAAUCACGUGACUGCCUCAUCCGGGUCUUUUGCGUUCUCUCUCCCUCUCCCAACAUGGCGGCCUCAGCAAAAAAGAAGAAUAAGAAGGGGAAGACUAUCUCCCUAACAGACUUUCUGGCUGAGGAUGGAGGGACUGGUGGAGGAAGCACCUACGUCCCCAAACCAGUCAGCUGGGCUGAUGAAACAGACGACCUGGAAGGAGAUGUUUCAACCACUUGGCACAGUAAUGAUGAUGAUGUGUAUAGGGCACCUCCAAUUGACCGGUCCAUCCUGCCCACUGCUCCACGGGCUGCUCGGGAACCCAAUAUCGACCGGAGCCGUCUUCCCAAAUCGCCACCCUACACUGCUUUUCUAGGGAACCUGCCCUAUGAUGUAACAGAAGAUUCCAUUAAGGAAUUCUUUAGAGGAUUAAAUAUCAGUGCAGUGCGUUUACCACGUGAACCCAGCAAUCCAGAAAGGUUGAAAGGUUUUGGUUAUGCUGAAUUUGAGGACCUGGAUUCCUUGCUCAGUGCCCUGAGCCUCAAUGAAGAGUCUCUAGGUAACAGGAGAAUUCGAGUGGACGUUGCUGAUCAAGCACAGGACAAAGACAGGGAUGAUCGUUCUUUUGGCCGAGAUAGAAAUCGAGAUUCUGACAAGACAGAUACAGACUGGAGGGCCCGGCCUGCUACAGACAGCUUUGAUGACUACCCGCCCAGAAGAGGCGACGACAGCUUUGGAGACAAAUAUCGCGAUCGUUACGAUUCAGACCGGUAUCGGGACGGGUAUCGGGACAGCUACCGCGAUGGCCCACGCCGGGAUAUGGAUCGGUACGGGGGCCGGGAUCGCUACGACGACCGGGGCAGCAGAGACUACGACAGAGGCUAUGAUUCCAGGAUAGGCAGUGGCAGAAGAGCAUUUGGUAGUGGGUACCGUAGGGAUGAUGACUACAGAGGAAGCGGGGACCGCUAUGAAGACAGAUACGACAGACGAGACGAUCGGUCAUGGAGCUCCAGAGAUGAUUACUCUCGGGAUGAUUAUAGGCGUGAUGAUAGAGGUCCCCCCCAAAGACCCAAACUGAAUCUAAAGCCUCGGAGUACUCCUAAGGAAGAUGAUUCCUCCGCCAGCACCUCCCAGUCCAGUCGAGCAGCCUCUAUCUUUGGAGGGGCAAAGCCUGUUGACACAGCUGCUAGAGAACGAGAAGUGGAAGAGCGGCUACAGAAGGAGCAGGAGAAACUGCAGCGUCAGCUGGAUGAGCCGAAACUAGAACGACGGCCUCGGGAGAGACACCCAAGCUGGCGAAGUGAAGAAACUCAGGAACGGGAACGGUCGAGGACAGGAAGUGAGUCAUCACAGACUGGGCCCUCAGCCCCAUCUGGCAGAAGUAAGUCAGACCAGGAUGCACGAAGGAGAGAGAGUGAGAAGUCUCUAGAAAAUGAAACACUCAAUAAGGAGGAAGACUGUCACUCUCCAACUUCUAAGCCUCCCAAACCUGAACAGCCUCUAAAGGUAAUGCCAGCCCCUCCGCCAAAGGAGAAUGCUUGGGUGAAGCGAAGUUCCAACCCUCCUGCACGAUCUCAGAGUUCAGACACAGAGCAGCAGUCCCCGACAAGUGGUGGAGGGAAAGGAAUUCUGGCUCAACCAUCUGAGGAGGGACCAGCAAGGAAAGAUGAAAGUAAAGUAGACGGGGUGAGUGUCCCAAAAGGCCAAAGUGGGAGCUCCAGCCGUGGUCCAGGAGACGGAGGGAGCAGAGACCACUGGAAGGAGUCAGAUAGGAAAGAUGGCAAAAAGGAUCAAGACUCCCGAUCUGCACCUGAGCCAAAGAAACCCGAAGAAAAUCCAGCCUCCAAGUUCAGUUCUGCAAGCAAGUAUGCUGCUCUCUCCAUUGACGGUGAAGACGAAAACGAGGGAGAAGACUACACUGAGUAGACCUUGACAUCCUGUGCUUUCUCCUAGUCUCUCUCCACCCAGGAAUUCGAGAGCAAAUCAAAUCAAACCUCUGUCCAGACAAGACAAAAUAAAACUCACCAUCUCCUGGAGACCUUUCUUAACUUUUUUUUUUUUUUUUAAACACAAAAUGAAAUUCUUUUGCAUGCUGCUGCAGCCUUUAAAGUAUUGAACUAAUUGGAGAAUCGCCAUGUAGCCAGAGAGAAAGACGUCCAGCUUUUAACGGAAAAGUGGUGCAUUUUUAUGACACUCGCAGUGGCCUGUGAUUAGUGCCCAGGGGCCUCCGUUUAGCAAAAUGGCGACAGUGAUGCAACGUCUGGAACCUGGUCAGGCGGUGGGGCAGGUAUAAGGAAGAGUGAGAUUUCUACCUUUUAAUUCUAAUUACCCUAUUGUGGCAUAUAUGAAUUCUCAAAACCUUAUCUGAAUAAAUUUCCCAUCCUUGGAAAGGUAGGUUUAGUCUCGAGUUGUUUCAGUCUCCAGGAGGCUGCCAGCCCCUCCUCUUAUUUAAUUCUGAGUUACUGGAGCCAGCCUAGAGGGAAUUCCUUGUUUUUUACCCCCCAGGGGGGUAGCUGGGCAUGAGUCUAUGGGCCACUAAAGAAUGGGACUGCUUGGUGACCAAAAUAAGUGGGAAAAUCGUGGUUUGAAAAGAAGCUUUGGGGAGGUGAUGAAUUAUUUUGCACGAGUAAUAGGGAAAAUGGUCUGACCACCAGUGACAUGGAUGGUUACUUCCUGGAGCAGGAAGUACUUAGGGGUCAUGGGAAUUCCCGAGUCUUUCAUGUGUCCUCAUUUUGCCCUUUCCUACAUACUGUCCUUUCUGAAAGUUCAGAUACAUCCACAUUCUGGUGAAAUCUUGAAGCUUUAAAAAUUUAGACUUUUGUCGUUAUCUUACGUUCCUCAUGGUACUCUUUCCUGCUACUUCCCCAGAAACAGCUAUUUGAGUCACAUAGCUGACCUCCGCAGACAUUCUGUAUCCGCCCCUGGAAGCUGUCAAAUGAGGAAUCACUGCUUUUCUCAAGCGAAUCUUGGCUCCUUCCUGUCUUUUGAGUCUCUCUCCUUCCCUCUAUCCAUUCCCGCUCCUGCUUCUUUACCCCUUUUACACCUCAGAAAACUAGAAUUAGUGGUCCUAGGGGAAGAGUGAGGGUGGAUAAAUAGGGACAGUUAAAUUGGGAGCCUUUCUUACAACCUUGAUUGGGGUUAUUGUUUGGGGUGUUUUGGGGUUUUUUUUACAAGUUCUCUCCUCUCCACUGAAAUCCCACACCAGUGUUUGGAUUUAUGUGGCCUAGACCUGUGUGUGUGUUUUGGUUUUUUUUAGCUUCCCUUGAGAGAAUAAGUGAUAAUGGAGAGAGCUGUGUAACAAGAUCCAGGUUUCUCUUGCAACACAGUAGCUUGCCUGCUGGGAUGCACACCUUUGCUGCCAGCUCUGGAUGUAUCCUUGUGGGCACAUUGUGCCUGCAGGGCAGUGACACCUUGGUCUUUUGUUUGCAAGCCCUCCUCCGGUCAGUCCUAGGUUAGACCCUGUCCAGCCGCGCGGGGCUGUUGGUGUUUGAGUGCUGCAGCAGUGGGCAGAAUGAAUCAUUUACCCAGUGGACAUAAAAGACAUACCAAGCGAAGUAACUUUAAAUAAAUGGCUUGGAUUGGCCUAGUAGCUAGGAAGUGACUUUUAGAGAUGCCCAAGGUUGAAAGGGUUUUUUUUAAGCCAUUUGCUGUAGAUGAUGAAAAGGUAGGGUUUGCCCUCUUCAUGUCUACUCCUUCCAAAUAGUUGUAUCAAGAAAUCUUUUUUCCCUACUCCCUACCCUGCUCCCGUUACAACAGAAAUGGGGAUUUACGUCCCACUCCUCAAUACGUGUAAAAUUUGUACAAAAAUAUCUUCUAUGAAAAUGAUUUGUAAUCUGUAGACAAUACCUGGGAGAUGUCUUGAGAUGUAAAAUCCCAUCCUUUGGGUUGUGGGAUUUUUUGUUUUCUCCAAAUAAAUCUGAUCUUUAAAGUUCA